AUGUAUUGGUGUGCUGUUGUAUCAGUGUGUUGUAUCAAUGAAUUGGUGUGCUGUUGUAUCAGUGUGUUGUUGUAUCAAUGUAUUGGUGUGAUGUUGUAUCAGUGUAUUGGUGUGCUGUUGUAUCAGUGUGCUGUUGUAUCAGUGUAUUGGUGUGCUGUUGUAUCAGUUGUAUUGUAUCAGUGUAUUGGUAUGCUGUUGUAUCAGUGUGCUGUUGUAUCAGUGUAUUGGUGUGCUGUUGUAUCAGUGUGUUGUUGUAUCAAUGUAUUGGUGUGCUGUUGUAUCAGUGUGUUGUUGUAUCAAUGUAUUGGUGUGCUGUUGUAUCAGUGUGUUGUUGUAUCAGUGUAUUGGUGUGAUGUUGUAUCAGUGUGUUGUUGUAUCAGUGUAUUGGUGUGCUGUUGUAUCAGUGUGCUGUUGUAUCAGUGUAUUGGUGUGAUGUUGUAUCAGUGUGUUGUUGUAUCAGUGUAUUG